UAUACAGUGACACUAGAAAUAAGUUACUUAGGUGCUUCUAAUUAUGAAUAAAUAGCAUUUCGUAGUAAAUAGUAGCAAAGCUGCUUUUUAUUUUAAAUAGAGGGAGGGCAAAUACUUUCAAGCAGAACGUUCUACGAAAAAAGAAGCGACGCUCUGCAAAGUAGAUAUGGGAUCAUUUGUUUUGCUAUGAUAUUCUGUUUAAUUUUUACAUACUUUGAUCCCAAAUCCUUUUUAUAGGCUACUGUACUUUGCCAAAUAGUGAAAAAACACACUCACAUUUCUUCAUUUGUCGUGAUAAGCAGAGAUAAUUUGAUUAUUGUGUUUGUUUCCCUUGACGUUCUUCUCUUCGCUCCACCUAACCUGAUGGACACAUGAUUAUGGAUGUUUCCAAAACAUUCAUCCGCAGUAUGCAGCCUCGCGUUUGACGUCAUGCGGUACACAACGCUGUUGACCAUCCUGGCAGCCGUGCUGCUGUAUUUGGUGUUGGGGGCUCUGGUGUUCGGCUGGCUGGAGUCCUCCAGGGAGGAAUGGGCUCACCGCGAGCUGCUGACGUCUCGAAUGGCUUUCCUACAGAACCACAGCUGUGUCACUCCUUACAGCCUGAGAGAGUUCACAGAGAAAGUGGUUGAUGCCAUUGAAGCAGGUGUGGACGCCAGAAGCACAUCAAAUUAUACCAGCAGAUGGGAUCCAUCCAAUGCUUUCUUCUUCUGUGGUACCAUCAUAACCACCAUUGGGUUUGGAAACAUUUCGCCCAAGACCAAAGGCGGUCAGUUGUUCUGUAUAUUUUAUGCUCUGGUGGGGAUCCCCAUGUUUGGGAUACUGUUAGCAGGGGUUGGAGACCACCUGGGCACCCUGCUGAGGAGAGCAGUGGCCAAGAUAGAGACUCUGUUCUUGCGUAAGGGUGUAAAGCCCACCAGCGUCCGUGUCAUCUCCGCUGUCUUCUCCAUCCUGAUUGGCUGCUUAGUCUUCAUCGCUGUCCCGACCAUGGUGUUUAAAGAAGUGGAGAGCUGGAGUCUGUUGGAAGCGGUUUACUUUGUCGUGAUCACCCUGACCACGGUGGGCUUUGGGGACUAUGUGGCAGAGAGCAGGAGAGAUGGAACGCCCCUGUACAAGCCGUUGGUGUGGUUGUGGAUAGUGUUUGGUCUGGCAUAUUUUGCAUCUAUCCUCACCAUGAUUGGGAACUGGCUUAGAGUGUUGUCAAAGAAAACCCGUGCGGAGAUGGAGGAGUUGAGAGCCCACGCAACAGACUGGACUCAGAACAUCCAGAACAUGUCCAUGGACUUCCGUAUUCCCGUGCCCCUUGAUCUCAAUGACCCUUUUCAGCUCCAGCGGCGACGUAGACGGAAGCGUCACCAUCGUCAUCGCCACCCAGGACUCGGCUCAGCAAGAUUGGCUCAUGGGAUCUCCCUCGAUGCUGAUGUUAUCCGAGAGAACGGACACCUGAUUCUCGGAUGGCCAGCGUGCAAGUACACCCCAGGGUCUGAAGCCCUGUCCCAAUCCAGGUCGUGGGGUAGGUUAGAUGGUCCGUACGAGGUGAGACCAGGAUCGAGGCUGACUGUAGGACCAGCAUCAAGAUCCGUCUCAAGGUUAGAGCUGAAACCACCAUCGAGACCCGGAUCCAGAGCCAUUUCCAGGUCCCCUUCAGAGUCUGGAACGGGAUCGGUCUCUGGAUCCGAGACGCCGUCAGAAUCCUGGUCGGAAUAUGAAUACGAGACAAAUUCCCGUAACUCAGAGGACCUGGAGUCUGGAGCUGAAGGGACUCUCAGAUCUUUGGAAAGUCGGAAGGAUGUUCCUGUCGUAGUGGUUGACCGCUGCGGGCCACCUCAUCCCUCGCUUCUGGACUUUUUUGGCGAGAACCUGGCGUACAUCGACGAGUCCUCGGACGCUCUUAGUGAUCGGGUUAAACCUGCUGGACAGAACCGCCAGCGCAAAGCCAAGAGGAGGAGCAUGACGAGAAAGAUUCCCCAAUCCUGUCCUCCCGGACUACAGGGUGAGAUCAGUAGCGAACUACAACCUCCAUCACACCCUCCUACACCUCCACCUCAAACCUGACAGAUAUACAUCACAGCUUGAAGAUGUCACACAUGACUGACGUGUGUAAAUACAGCUUCUAUUAAAAUGCUUUGUGCAUUGUUCAAAAACAGUUCACGCCUCCCAGACAAACAUGAAUUACUACCAUUUCUGCAGUAUGCGCUUUUGUCAAAAGUUUGGGGUGAGACUUUAAAGGGUUAGAUUCCCCCAAUAGCAAAAUUCUGUCAUUAAUUACUCACCCUCAUGUCGUUCCAAACCUGUAAGACCUUUGAUCAUCUUCGGAACACAAAUUAAGAUAUUUUUGAUAAAAUCAGAGCUAUCUGACCCUCCAUAGACAGCAAUACAACUGAAAUGAUCCCAGCUGCAGAAACAUAGCAAAUACAGCGGUAAAAUAGGAUGUGAUAUCAGUGACAUUCAGUUUUCGGCACUAAGAGAAUACUUUUUUUUUUACUCAACCUUUCUUCUGCCCUGAGUUAUGUCUCCCACCAUUUUGGAGAGUAUCACAACGCAUACACACGCUUUAAUGUAUUUGACGUAAUCAGCCUCCUUAAAUGUUGUGGGCACGUGCUUGAACGUAAUCUGUGGUUGUUUCCUCUUAGGGGAAAGUGUGCGUAUUUGCUGUGAUACUCUCCAAAAUGGCAAAAAAAAGUAACUCGGGGAAGAAGAAUGGCCAAGUAAAUUAUGAACUAUGGUCUUACGGGUGUGGUGAGUAAUUAAUGACAGAAUUUUCAUUUUGGUGUAAACUAACCCUUUAAAUUCUAAUGCAGCUUUUAUUUGACUAAAAUACACUAAAAACAAUAAUACUGUAAAAUAUUUUACAUGGUAAUGUAUUAAAAUGUAAUGUAUCCCUGUGAUGCAAAGCUUUUAAACAUCCUUUACUGACGCCGAACUAUUUAUCAGCCGUGCAUACUGUACUUAAUAAUGUCCAGAUGACCAACAACAUUGGCUAAAAUGUGAAAAAUAACUGCAAUUUGCUUACCUUUACCAACCAUUUCCAGAUGACUAUGAAGUAACAUGCAUAUGUUGUAUGUUGCAUAUAAUAUUUUAGUAUUCUAAUUUGAACAUAGCCAAAAAUGUUAAAAACCAGCAAAUCUGAUUUACAGGUUUUUUUUCUGUGUAAUUCGUCAAUGCCACCAGUUGUCAUAUUUUAGUCAUAGUAUUUAAUAGAAUUGACUGUAAAUUUUAUGCUGUCAGUGUAAGUGGAAGUCAGGUUAGUGUUCAGAAACUAGAUAAAUGGUAAAUGCUGUUAUGUUUUUAGGAGUUACGUUUUAUUUGUAGCCUCUUUCUUGUUAAUAUUCCUCUAAUAGUUUUGGUAUUAUAGCCUUUAGUUAUAAAAAAACCCAGUUUAUAUUUUGCGUGAUAUACUAGGAGACAAUUUGUUGUAAGAAGCACAUUGUUUAUUGAAAUGUAAUUUUAUUUGUGUGCCAAAUUGGUUAUAAUUUUGUCAUGAAUACAAUGGUUUGGUUGACGAUUGA